AUGAACCUGGAAGAGACAGGGAGCGGGCAUGUGGUGGACAUUCAUGCCAUCAGGCAGAUCCUCACAAAGAGCCUUACAAUCAUGACAGUCUCAACGUACGGUCGCAGUGCGCGAGACUCGUCACACGAAACCGUCGUCACAUUAACGCAGCUCGCACGGGCGAGAGCUGCUGCGAUCGGCAUGAUGUGUAACACUACAGAUCCGGCCGCUGCUGGCUGCCAACAUCUCGCUAUGCCCAGCGACACGGGACUCGAAUUCAACCCAUCCGACGGACCGACGCAGCCGAGUUACAUAAUGGACUUAGAUCCUUUGGCGUCGAGUUCUCCCGAGGUGGAAAACCUGAUCAACUUCAUCCUCUGGCUAAUAUGGGCGCUGAUAGUUUUCGGCAAUAUUCUCGUACUCGUCGUCAUCACGCGAGACAAGGAGCUGCUGCUGAAACCCGCCAAUAUCUUCAUCCUGAACUUGUCCAUCUGCGACCUGUUGGUGGGAGUCGUCUCGAUGACGUUCCAGAACAUCUGGCGUCUGAGGGGCUUUUGGACCUUCGGGGAGUUCAUGUGCAAGGCCUGGUUCAUCAUCGACUUCACUUCCACCACCCAGUCGGCCUUCGCCAUCACCCUGAUCAGCUUCGAUCGCUUCAUGCUGGUCUCCACGGGCCUCAAGUACAAACAGUACAUCACCCUCCCCGUCACCUGCGUUCUGAUCGUUGUGACGUGGUGUUGCGCUUUCACGCUUAACGCGGUGCCCAUCUUGAUGUCGGAUAAAAUCUUUGAACCCUGGGUGGAUUACGCCACAGAGUGCGAUCUGGCCAUUAUGUACCGGUUCGCCUACCACCUGGCCACCUCCAUGCUGUCCUUUGUCCUUCCCGUCAUACUGGUUGCCCUGUUCAAUAUCACCGUGUACAACAACAUUCGCCAGAGGGCGAAGCGGUUCCAGAGCACUCGCUCCAGGACUUCCAACAGCAGCACUCGCGGCAGCCAAGGACGCAGCACGUCAGACUACAAGAAGCACCGCAAAGCGGCCAUCACCCUCGCCUUGAUUGUUGGUGUGUUUCUGAUCUGCUGGGUGCCCUACUGGAUCCAGCAGCUGCUUUUUCUCUUCACCUUGGGCCAUCAUAGUACCUUCUUGGCCUCUGAUGCCUGGGCCUAUCUACUCUGGUCCAACAGCGCCGUCAACCCGGUCCUGUACGCCGUGACUAACCCGCGCAUCAGGUCAGGAAUGCUGUACAUUCUGCGCAAGCCCUUGCCCAAGAGGUUUGCCGCGCGGGCCAGGCAGCGACGGGCAAUGGAAUACAACCUGGGCGAGACCAACAUGACCAAGAUUACCAGACAGGACGGGGAUUAAGGGGGCUGAAGGCGCACAAGAUCUCCCACUCCGUCUGCUGAGAGAGUCGGCGGAUCAAGCCCGCGGAACGGGACCCGCCUGGCAAGACCGACUGGAGCUGAAACGAUAAAUCGACGGAGGUCUCGGUUCAGGUGAGGGUCCAUAGCUGGGGAAAAGGGUUUCCAUACCAAGAAUAGAAGGCACACGUGCCUUUAAAUACAUCACGAUUGACCAAUAUUUCCAUUUUGUAUAAUACUUCACUCCCUUUACAUGCACUUUUCAGACUGAUUCACCUUAGAGCCGGUGUCCAUAAUUAUAACCACCUGUUGCUUUCAAAGGCAUAUAG